AUGGAAAGGUCCUCGCCGUCAGUGCCUUUCGCCGUCCGAGUGCUCGACGAUGCCGUCGGUGCCGCGGCGACUGUGCAACAACGUCAAGACUUCGACCAUCUGAUGCCGGCGACGAGCAGAGCCAAACACGACCACAUCGUCGUGCCGGGAGCCGGCGACCUAGACUUCCUGGAACGAGAACUCCUCGUGCGACGCCUGAACGACGUCCAAGACCUCCUCUGGAUAUGCGGCCGGCCGAUGCCGCCUCGGCCUCUGCAUUACCAGACGUUGACCUCGCGCGAGAUCCACGUCACAGAGAACCCCGAGCUCCAUCUUGUCUGGUCCAAGAACCGCAUCUUCGUCAAGCCGAUACCCCGGUGGCUCCUGAGCCCGGACUUUUGGGCUGUUCACCUGGUUGGCGGUGCCGAAGACAAACAGUCCCAGCCACGGAAGCAGCAGCUCGUCGCAUGCGCGCUCGGGUUCCUCUUCACUUACACUGCCCUCAUUGCGUACGAGAGCGACUUCCGCAUAGCCUCCGACAAGGGUCUCGUCCCGCCCGAGAUGAGCUGGGACCGGUGGAGGGCGUUAUCGGCGCAGAUCGUGCAGAAUCAUUGUUAUGCGUCCAUCAACCCGCGCUACUGGUACGGCGAGCUUCGCCUCAGCCGGCUGAACAAGAUCUAUCGGGUUCGUCUGGGAUACGUGCUUCGGGGGUAUUCCAAAGUGGCCUCCCACGCCGUCUAUGAGGACCUGCUCCAGGACAACUUCGCAACGCUGGCGGCCAUCCUCGGUUAUGUUGUCAUCGUCCUGACGGCUAUGCAGGUUGGGCUGGCCACGGACAGGCUCGUCGGUGACAGUUCGUUCCAAAGUGUCAGUUAUGGAUUCACCGUCUUCUCCAUCUUGGCGCCACUGAUCGCCUGCGUUGCCAUAUUCGGUGUCGUCGUGGCUAUGUUCGUGAGCAGCUGGAUGGUGACCAAGGUGUAUGAGAGAAAGAGAUUCCAGGAAAUGGGCGUCGAGCCGUUUUGGAGAGAUCAAAAGAAAGAAGGCCGGUACGAGCAGGUGGCAGCAAAGUAG